UUAAACGAAAAAAAAAGAAGAAGUAAUAUCCGCUGAACGCGCCAACGCGCACUUUCUUCUUCCCUUUUUCGUCGUUUGCGCACGUUAGCCACCACCCCUUCAUUCUCUCUGUAACUGCCACUACUCUUUCACUUUUCAAACUUCAAAACCACACUCACAACUUUAGGGUUCCGAUUCCGAUGCAAUGAGUCUCCGCCACCGUCAACCCUCCUCAACUCCUCCCCACGAGGAAGAGCCCUACAACAUCAUCCCAAUCCACAACCUCCUUGCCGACCAUCCCUCCCUCCGUUUCCCCGAAGUCCGUGCCGCUGCCGCUGCACUUCGCUCCGUCGGUAACCUCCGCCGUCCUCCUUUCGGCCAAUGGCGACCUCACUAUGACUUGCUUGACUGGCUCGCUCUCUUCUUCGGCUUUCAGAAAGACAACGUCCGUAAUCAACGGGAGCAUCUUGUUCUUCACCUCGCCAAUGCUCAGAUGCGUCUCACUCCGCCGCCGGAUAACAUCGAUACUCUCGACGCCGCUGUUCUUCGUCGUUUUCGUAAAAAGCUUCUCAAGAAUUACACUUCGUGGUGUUCUUAUCUCGGUAAGAAAUCAAACAUCUGGAUCUUUGAUAAUCGGCGUACCGGAGAGCCUGACCUCCGGCGUGAGCUGCUUUAUGUGUCACUUUAUCUUCUAAUCUGGGGAGAAUCUGCGAAUCUGAGGUUUGUUCCGGAGUGUUUGUGUUAUAUCUUUCACAAUUUGGCGAAUGAGUUGAAUAGAAUAUUGGAGGAUUAUAUUGAUGAUAAUACAGGGCAGCCGGUGAUGCCUUCGAUUUCCGGUGAGAAUGCUUUUUUGAAUUUUGUUGUGAAGCCUAUUUAUGAAACUAUUAAGACUGAGGUUGAUAAUAGUAGAAAUGGAACUGCUCCUCAUAGUGCUUGGAGAAAUUAUGAUGAUAUUAAUGAGUAUUUUUGGAGUAGGAGGUGUUUUGAGAAGAUGAAAUGGCCUCCUGAUGUUGGGAGUAAUUUUUUUACUACUGUUGGUAAGGGGAAACAUGUUGGUAAGACCGGAUUUGUUGAGCAGAGAUCGUUUUGGAAUCUGUUUCGGAGUUUUGACAGGCUUUGGAUUAUGUUGGUGUUGUUUCUUCAAGCUGCUAUAAUUGUUGCUUGGGAGGAGAGGACUUAUCCGUGGCAGGCGUUGGAGGAUCGGACUGUGCAGGUUAGGGCUUUGACGAUUUUCUUUACAUGGAGUGGUAUGAGGUUUUUGCAGUCUUUGCUUGAUGUGGGCAUGCAGUAUAGGUUGGUAUCGAGGGAGACAAAGAUGCUUGGAGUGAGGAUGUUUCUGAAAUGUAUUGUUGCUGCUGUGUGGAUUGUUGUGUUUGGCGUGUUUUAUGGGAGGAUUUGGGAGCAGAGAAACCAUGAUAGGCGGUGGACAAAGGCGGCAAAUGAUCGGGUGCUGAAUUUUCUAGAGGCUGUGGCUGUCUUCAUCAUUCCGGAGGUUCUGGCUUUAGCCCUGUUUAUACUUCCUUGGAUUAGAAACUUUGUGGAGAAUACAAACUGGAGGAUCUUUUACAUGCUGUCGUGGUGGUUUCAGAGCAGAAGCUUUGUUGGUCGGGGUUUGAGAGAAGGGCUUUAUGACAACAUUAAGUAUUCAUUGUUCUGGGUUUUCGUGCUGGCAACAAAAUUUUGCUUUAGUUACUUUUUGCAGGUCAAACCCAUGAUUGCCCCAACAAAGGCAGUGUUGGACCUCAAGAAUGUUGAGUAUGAAUGGCAUGAGUUUUUCCAUCACAGUAACCGAUUUGCUGCUGGAAUAUUGUGGAUUCCAGUUGUUUUAAUUUAUCUGAUGGAUAUACAGAUUUGGUAUUCGAUAUAUUCGUCUCUUGCUGGUGCGGGUGUGGGGUUGUUUGCACACCUGGGCGAGAUUCGAAAUAUGCAGCAGCUGAAGUUGAGGUUCCAGUUUUUUGCCAGUGCAAUCCAGUUUAAUCUUAUGCCUGAGGAGCAGCUGUUGAAUGCUAGAGGAACAUUGAAGAGCAAGUUUAAGGAUGCCAUCCAUAGGUUGAAGCUCAGGUAUGGGCUUGGUCGGCCCUACAGGAAGCUCGAGUCUAACCAGGUUGAGGCCAACAAGUUUGCUUUGAUAUGGAACGAGAUAAUUUUGUCUUUUAGGGAGGAGGAUAUUAUCUCUGACAGAGAGGUUGAGCUGCUGGAGCUGCCACAGAACUCUUGGAAUGUUCGGGUUAUUCGUUGGCCAUGUUUUCUUCUCUGCAACGAGUUACUGCUUGCUCUCAGUCAGGCCAAAGAACUAGUUAAUGAUACUGAUAAGAGGCUUUAUAAGAAGAUAUGCAGCUCUGAGUACAGACGCUGUGCUGUGAUCGAAGCAUAUGAUAGUGUGAAGCACUUGCUUCAUGAGAUUAUCAAACCCAACAGUGAAGAGCAUUCGAUUGUGACUGUUCUGUUUCAGGAAAUUGAUCACUCUCUUGAGAUUGAGAAAUUCACUAAUACAUUCAAAACAACUGCACUGCCCCAGCUUCACCACAAGUUGAUAAAACUUGUCGAGUUAUUGAACAAGCCUGUCAAAGAUUCUAAUCAAGUGGUGAAUACCCUUCAGGCGCUUUAUGAGAUUGCUAUCAGAGACCUUUUCAAGGAUCGAAGAAAUCCUAAGCAGCUAGAGGAUGAUGGCUUGGCUCCACGUAAUCCUGCUUCAGGUCUACUUUUUGAAAACGCUGUUCAGUUGCCUGACACUAGCAAUGAGAACUUCUAUCGCCAGGUUCGGCGUCUGCACACAAUUCUUACCUCCAGGGAUUCAAUGCAAAACAUUCCUAUAAAUCUAGAGGCCAGACGGAGGAUUGCUUUCUUCAGCAACUCACUUUUUAUGAAUAUGCCCCAUGCUCCCCAAGUUGAGAAAAUGCUGGCUUUCAGUGUUCUAACACCUUAUUACAAUGAAGAAGUAUUAUACAGCAAAGAACAGCUCAGGACUGAGAAUGAAGACGGGGUUUCAACCCUGUACUAUUUGCAGACUAUUUAUGAUGAUGAGUGGAAGAAUUUUCUGGAGAGGAUGCGUCGGGAGGGGAUGAUGAAAGACAGUGAUCUGUGGACUGAUAAACUUAGAGAUUUGAGGCUGUGGGCUUCCUACCGAGGCCAAACACUAUCGCGGACAGUUAGAGGAAUGAUGUAUUACUAUCGGGCCCUCAAGAUGUUGACAUUUCUGGAUUCUGCAUCAGAAAUGGACAUUCGAGAAGGCUCACGCGAGCUUGUUUCGGUGAGGCAAGAUAAUUUAGAUAGUUUCAACUCUGAAAGGCCACCUCACCCCAAGAGUUUAAGUAGAGCGAGCAGUUCAGUAAGUUUGUUAUUUAAAGGCCACGAGUAUGGGACUGCUUUGAUGAAAUUCACAUAUGUGGUUGCUUGUCAGAUUUAUGGAACUCAGAAGGAAAAGAAGGAUCCCCAUGCUGAGGAAAUUUUGUAUCUAAUGAAAAACAAUGAAGCUCUUCGAGUUGCAUAUGUGGAUGAGAGAACUACUGGAAGGGACGGGAAGGAGUAUUUCUCUGUCCUUGUUAAGUAUGAUCAGCAGUUGGAAAAGGAGGUUGAAGUAUACAGAGUCAAACUGCCGGGUCCAUUGAAGCUCGGGGAGGGAAAGCCCGAGAAUCAAAAUCACGCCAUCAUCUUCACUCGCGGGGACGCUUUGCAGACUAUAGACAUGAAUCAGGAUAACUACUUUGAGGAAGCACUCAAGAUGAGAAAUCUCCUUGAAGAGUAUAGACGUUACUACGGUGUCCGGAAACCAACAAUUUUAGGUGUCAGGGAACACAUUUUCACUGGCUCCGUGUCCUCUCUUGCCUGGUUCAUGUCAGCCCAGGAGACAAGUUUCGUCACCCUAGGACAGAGGGUUUUGGCAAAUCCUUUGAAAGUUCGAAUGCAUUAUGGUCAUCCAGAUGUGUUUGACAGGUUUUGGUUCUUAACUCGAGGUGGUAUCAGCAAAGCUUCCAGAGUGAUCAACAUAAGCGAGGACAUAUUUGCUGGGUUCAAUUGUACUCUUCGUGGAGGUAAUGUCACUCACCAUGAAUACAUUCAGGUUGGAAAGGGAAGGGAUGUUGGUCUGAAUCAAGUAUCAAUGUUUGAAGCCAAGGUUGCUAGUGGCAACGGGGAACAAAUCCUGAGCAGAGAUGUGUACAGGUUGGGUCAUAGGCUUGAUUUUUUCCGAAUGCUUUCAUUCUUCUACACUACUGUGGGGUUCUUCUUCAACACAAUGAUGGUGGUUCUGACAGUAUAUGCCUUUCUAUGGAGUCGACUAUAUCUCGCCCUUAGUGGUGUUGAGAAAUCAAUGGAAAGUAACAGCAAUAACAACAAAGCACUUGGUGCCAUCUUAAAUCAGCAGUUUAUCAUCCAACUUGGACUUUUCACCGCCCUUCCGAUGAUUGUAGAGAAUUCCCUUGAGCACGGGUUCCUCCAAGCUAUCUGGGACUUCUUAACGAUGCAACUUCAGCUUUCAUCCGUUUUCUACACCUUCUCCAUGGGCACUCGCAGUCAUUUUUUUGGCCGGACUAUUCUGCACGGUGGAGCAAAAUAUCGAGCCACCGGCCGUGGUUUUGUUGUAGAGCACAAGAGUUUUGCCGAAAUCUAUAGACUCUUUUCCCGUAGCCAUUUUGUGAAAGCUAUUGAAUUGGGGCUAAUACUUGUAAUUUAUGCAACACACAGUCCUGUAGCAACGGACACAUUUGUUUAUAUAGCCCUGACCAUUACUAGUUGGUUCUUAGUUGCAUCAUGGGUGGUGGCACCGUUUGUGUUCAAUCCCUCUGGCUUCGAUUGGUUAAAAACUGUUUAUGAUUUUGAUGACUUUAUGAACUGGAUUUGGUACAGUGGAAGUGUGUUUGCCAAAGCUGAACAGAGCUGGGAAAGGUGGUGGUAUGAAGAGCAGGAUCAUCUAAAGGUAACCGGCCUUUGGGGAAAGCUUUUGGAAAUAAUCUUAGACCUUCGCUUCUUCUUUUUCCAGUAUGGAAUUGUUUACCAACUUGGAAUUUCUGCUGGAAAUAAUAGUAUUGCUGUAUACUUGCUAUCAUGGAUUUAUGUUGUUGUUGUAUCUGGGAUUUAUGCCGUGGUAGUGUAUGCACGGAACAAAUAUUCGGCGAAAGAGCAUAUCUAUUACCGGCUUGUUCAGUUCCUUGUCAUAAUUCUUGCAAUACUUCUGAUAGUUGCUUUGCUGGAAUUCACAGAAUUCAAAUUCGUGGAUAUUUUUACUAGCUUGUUGGCAUUCCUUCCCACAGGAUGGGGCCUGCUAUUGAUUGCCCAAGUUUUCCGACCAUUCUUGCAGUCUACGAUAAUUUGGAGUGGUGUUGUUGCAGUGGCUCGUCUUUAUGAUAUAUUAUUUGGAGUCAUUAUUAUGACUCCUGUGGCAUUACUAUCAUGGUUGCCUGGCUUUCAAAAUAUGCAAACUAGAAUUCUUUUCAACGAAGCAUUCAGCAGGGGCCUCCGCAUAUCCCAGAUUGUUACAGGGAAGAAGUCACAAAGUUGACUGUGAAGCAAGGGUCGGAAUCAAUGGAGUGCCUUUUACAUCACGUAGUUUGUGGAGCUAGAAUUGAGACAUCUGUAUAUGGAUUCACAUUGGGAAUAUAUGCAGGGAGAAGCUAUAGAAGAAGACUAGAGAUUGCUUUGUGUUCCCCAAUUUUCCUCUGGUUCUUGUUGUGAUUAUAUUUUGUUUUACAUGGUGGAGGAGAAUAUUAUUUUCUGCUUUCCUUUGUAAUUAGUCAAUUCUCAUGCUUAAAAUUGAUUUUGGUAGCUGGUAGUGGUAGGUGAUCUUCUGAUUAUGUGUGUUGCGUCCCUGGCAGAAAACGGUAAAUUAUUCCAUAGAAUGAUAGUAACAUGAUUCAGAUUUUUUUAUAUCAUAUAUCCUUAGUCUGA